CAUUAGUGUUGUCUUGACAUAGGCUGUCCAGCUUCAUUAGAGGAUUGCACUGGACCAUUGGUUCAGUACAGGAGGCAGGACUGACAGUAGGCACCAAUCUUGAACAAGGGCUUAAAAAAGAACAUGCUGAAAGAGUUACAGUGACAUAAAAAGACAGAGGGGGAAUACUGUGGCCUGUAACGAUACUCCUAGAACACAAACACGUUUUGUAACUUACUCAGCACACUAAAUGUAGUCUUGGUCAGGUAUCAAAAAGUGUGAUUCAGAUCCUUUCAUGUCAUGGAUUUCAUCAACAAAGCCUGCUCAUAAGAUGCUGGUUACAGUUAUGUAAUGUAUUUCCCAAAAUAUUGAAUUUAUCAGAACUAAUUUUCUAUGAAGUCUACAUUGAAGACAAAGCUAUUGACUGUAAGUAAUUAAUGCAACAACACUGAGACUGCUAAAAUGAAAGUGAAGUUUACAGAAUGGCAUACAGUUGAUAUGUAGUAUGAAUAUAACUGAAAAUUAAUCUGACUAAAAAGCAAAACAGCUAUAUAUUUAAAAAGUAAACAAAAACUUAGACUUAAUAACAACCAAUGCAGAUGAAAUUAUAAGAAAAAAAUAAGAAAAACUGGACUUAUUUAGAGCAUGCUAAAACAGCACAACAGUACAACGUAACAACAACAACAACAAUAACAACAAUAAUAAUAAUAAUAGUGCCAUUUAUUGGUAUGAUGUAAGAGCCACUAAGAGCUGAAGGAUCACUGUGUAUAACAGAAAUUGUUACAGAGACAGCUCUGUGGACUUUAAGUGACUGGGUGCUGAGAGGACAGAAGUGCCUUGGUCAAUUUGGCUCAAUUAAAGAAACUAAAUGAAACAGAAUGACAGUAGACAGCGGAGAGCAAGAAAGGACAGCAAGUGAUUGACAGAGACAGACUUCUACAGCAGCUGAGCCUCAGCUCAGAUACAGUACAAAGGUUAUAGCUAUUAAUACACCAGGACACAUACAAACACACACAUAAUGUGACACAUUUAAUUUAAUUGAUGUCACUUCUGGUUCAUGACGCUGCUCAAGUCAGCAUUGCUCAGUUUACUCUCACCCUUUAACUUUGCUUUGCAUUAAUGUGAAUAAUCUGAAACCCUAUGAUAUCCAUUUUACUGUCAAGGAAUCCAUGUCAGUGGUUCGACCUUCAGCUACUCCAAUAUGAGCAAUGUGACACUUGUAAGAGCACACUAUGUACAUAUUGGGUGGUUGUGAAUGACAAGAGCACUGAGGGAGAAGCUACUGUUACACUGAAGAUAGCAGAAGAGUAUUCUGGAGCUACAACUAUGGGAUGUCUCUGAGUGUCACAGCUGGGUUGACACUGCAUUUUUGAAGAAUCAGCGCAGGCGUGACCAGUGACAAACGCACAGUCUCACAGUCGCAUGGCAGGAAACCAGGAAGGAGAGAACUUCUUCAACAUAAGCUCACUCAGCUCUGAACUAAAGCUGUGAAUGGAGAACAGCAAACUUCCCUGACUCAGUAGAAGUGCCUGCUGGACUGAAGAAUUUUAGGGCUGGAUUUCAUGGGUUGUCAAACGCCAGUUGUCAAUUCAUUCAUACAUACCUCUGGAAGUAAAUACUAACGUCACAGCAGCUAACAUUAGUGGACUUUUAUCACACCCCUAAGCAACAGUGGAUUUCUGGAGGAUCAAUCAUCAUUAAUAAUCAUGCUCCAAUGGAUCUAAUCUUUGAAAACUGCAGUUUGUUUCCCUAAAUUCAGUGACUUUAUUGUGCAUUUGCAUUUGUCUGGUCAUUGCUACUAUCUCCUGGACUACAUAAGAUGGUGAAUUCUUCUUGUUUCUUCUUGAAUUCUUCUGCAAAUGUAAUGUGUGGUUAGCGUUACAUGCAUUCUGUAGAGGAUUAAAGAUUCAUCACUUGAAACAGUGAACACUGUUGGGUCUGAGGUGGAUAAUCUGCACAAACACAGCGAGCAGCAGGUGGCUUUUGUAUAUUAUUUGAAAUUCAGUCAGCAUUUUGGUCCAAAUGUUCCUCAGCACAGUCCUUGUAGUCCUGACAGACCUGGCAGCCAGGUUUAUGGGUACCACCUUGUUCCGGCGGCACUUCCACCUGUUGUUGUCAGCACUGGUGAUGUUCGGUCCCAUGCUGAGUCUUUGGGUGUCUCACCACAGCAUCUUUGCCAAGAAGAAUCACUUCCUCUACAGGAUGUUCUUGCACUCUGGUUGGGGUUGGACCUGCAUCUUUGUUGGCUCUUUUGUUUUCCUCCUCUCCUUUUCCGUCCGUCGUUCCCUGUCUCUCUCCAUCCGCCACCUCUCACGGCUUGCGGUGGCCGGUGGACUAUGGCUUGGUUUUUGCAAACUCUUGGACCUCCUGGAGAAUGCCACAGGAAGCUGCUAUGAACCUUUAGAAGCUGGAACAGUGGUCACAAAUGGCCAGACUCUGCUGGUGCUGCGAGAGGGGGAGAGCAAGUCUGAGUGUCUGAAAGCUGGAAUGCUGUGGAGGGGAUAUGAGGUUUCUGAAGACAUUUUCCUUCUCUGCCUUUGCUGCCUGCUGCUGGUAGAGGAAACAGCUGUGUUUGGACCUUAUUUGAGCCUUGGGGGAAUCUCAGAUGCCCCACUGAGAAUCCUCUUUCUGUUCUGUGUUCUCCUGCUCUGGCUCUGGAUCUUCUUGUUGCUCUGUCUCUUAGCUUACUUUCCUCAGUUCCCCACCCAGCUGCUGGGGGGUGCUCUUGGCUGUCUCAGCUGGAGAGGACUAUAUCAGGGCUGGUACCGCCUGGGGCCCAGCUGGUACUGCCCCGGGAGGCCUGGUUUGGGACUACUUAACAUAAAGGCUGUCGGUAAUGACGUGGAGGAUGCGCAACUGAAACAAACGAAUCACGAUCACUGCAAUUAACUUAAAAAACAAAGAAACAAACAUUUGAGAACUAACUGUAAAAUAAAUUGAAUUCCAAACAAACAGAUGUACAGUGUGGGUUAUCAGACCUCUUAAUUCUUUCAUGUCAAAUAUGUUUAUUUACCUUUUCUGUUACGUACAACCGAUGAUUCACAUCUGCUCUUCCUUUGAAAGCUAGAAUUGUGUGACAGCUAAAUCAACCCAGCACUGGAAAGACAAAUGGAGAACAUAGAAGCAGAUUUACAGAGACAUUAAUUUGGUCGAGUUUGCUCACUUUCUGUUUUGUCCAGAUUUUUCCUGUGGACUUCAAGUCAAUGAAGAAGUGCCAAAAGCUACAGUCCUGUCACUUGUAGCCAGAGGUGGCAAAAUAUAGACAUUCUGUUCUAAAGCAGAACUGCAGUUCUUUAUCAUAGCGAGACUAUCUCUCCACUUCAUUACAUAUUCCAUAUGUACGGGGUAUGACCCCCAUUGGCCAUGGCGUCACAGCCCGUACAUAUGGAAUAUGUAAUGAAGUGGAGAGAUAGUCUCUCACUCAGAGAUGUUACAAUGUAACCGUACAAUAGUUGCAUUAAAAAAAUACUCCAGUAAAAGUUGAAGAGUAGUGAUUAAACUUCUUUACUCAAGUACAAGAGAAAAAGAAAGUGAAAAGCAGCUCCUUGAAGGACAAUUCUACUAACCAUUUUUAUGCAUAGAUAACUGGACCUGCCGCUAUAUUAAUAUAAUAUUAAAAUGAUAUUAGUACAUGAGAAUACACAUAUUAGUCAAAUCUAAAUUCCAAUGAAUGCACCCAGCUUGAAUCUGUUGUUUAGGACACAAUAAGUAAAAUAAUUUUUUCUUUUAAAGAAUGUAAAGUGAGAUUUGGCAAGUGGGGGAACACUAAGAUCUGUUGUACUGGCUCAAUGUGGGGAAAAUGCUAACACUCACAAUAAUUUCGAAUGUAAGCUUGAGCAUUAGUAGACAAAUUGUGAUCAGCUUAGCUGCUGCUCUUUGUGGAUUUAAACGACUGACUUCAACAUGUGUUUCACAGCCAUCUCGGUGGAGUUUCAUUUCUUACACUAACAGUAUACUGGAUGUUGCCUUUAUACUAGACAGGUGGAUGAAUUCAUUCAUUGAAUGAAUCUAAGCAUCAUCAGCUUAAAUGCAAAUCCAUCAUCUACACUACAUGUAACCUAACACUGACAACUACAGCCACUGAGUAUCAGGCUAACACAGUGUUUUACUGUAAAUUCACCAGAUUGAUGCAAGCUAACCUGUUUAUCCUGCACAUAACUACCCUGAAUGUUCAUGAAACAUUUGAUGAACACAUAAUUAGUGCAUGGUACAGUAGUACCAUUUGCUCCAGUUCUUCUUGUUCUUGUCCCCACGCUUUGUCAGAUGCUGACCAAGUCUGUAGGGGCUACUUUGGGGUUAAAAGUUAAAAAACCAGGCUGUGAGACCAUGCGUGGAAAUAUCAUAAACAAACAUAAAGUACCUGCAAAGCUGUGUGCCAUGGGUCCUUGAUGUCA